UUGUACAAGUUGCUUGUUUUACUCUUGCACAAAAUGAGUUUUAAUGAAAGUGAAGACAAUUUGAAACUGUGUCUUGCUUGCUACAACUUGAGUGGUUUAGGGCCUUCAAGUAAAUUAUUUCUAAGACUUUUGUCCUACAUACUUUACAUUCUUUUGUGGGUUUUCCUGAUUAUGGUAAUUAUUAAUAUUGCCUUCAAACAUGACAACAUCUGGGACAUUGCUGAAAUCUUCACUUCAGUCUCCAUUACUAUAACAAUGGUCAUUAGAAAGACUAUUAUGCUUAAACACAGUUCUUCGUUUGAGGAACUUAUCGAAAUGCAUUCUCAAUUUUGGGAUUAUAGUCUUUUUGGGAAAACCACUGAGUCCAAGAUUCGAAAAAGUACAGGAUUAUACAAAUUCAUUUUAAAGUGUUAUGUAGUGUGUGGAGUUAUUUCCGUAUCACUUCGUUCUUUGGCACCGAUAUUUGCAAAGAAUCUUGUAUUACCACAGGACUGUUGGAUUCCUGGAAAUAGUACUAUAGCAAGAUUUAUAAUUUAUGCUUUCGAAACCGUACUUUAUGCAGAAGGCGUUUCUUAUUAUACGUUUUUCGAUGGUUUGCUUUUAAUGAUCACCGCAAAUCUUAAAGCACAAUUCAUUUUGUUGCAAAAAGCAAUUCAAUCCAUAAAUUUUGAAACUGACUCUAGUGAAACAGCUUGGGUUAAACUAGUAAAAUGUUGUGAACAUCACAAAUUCUUGUUAAGUGUACUUAAGAAGUUAAACUCGUUGUACUCCAUUUUUUAUCUGUGUACUUACAUUCUUGUAAUAACUGGAGUUUGUGUAUCGUUGUUUAUUGUUUUUGACAAGUCCUCAACUUUUGCCCAAAUUGUGGAAGGCGCAAUUACUGUAGUUAUAUUAAACAGUAUGAUUUUCAUGAUCUGCAUUUGUAGUAGUGAAACAGAGAUUCAAGCUGAAAAAUUGAUCACACAAAUUUACGACAUCAAUUGGUACGACUCACCAAAUUUAAAAAUUCGCAAGUUUAUCCUAUUUUGGCUCAUGCAAGCACAGGUUUCCGUUCAAAUAAAAGGAGCAGGAGUGUUGGUACUAAAUAGACCUUUGAUGCUUCAGGUUCAACGUAUUUCAUAUUCAGUAUCUACAUUAUUAACAGGACUAAAUGAAUAAGUAAUUAAAUUUCCAUGCCACAACUGUUGCUUAAUGCUUAUACUCGUAACCCAAUGUUUGAAAUAAGUUGUUUUGGUAUGGAAGCGCAAUAUAUAUAUUAUAGAGCAGAGAGCACUUUGAAACACAAAAGAUA